AUGGAACGAUGCUCAAACUAUCGCCCUAGCGUUCUCUCUUUUCUCUGCACUGUAGCCAUUGUUUGUUCCUUGGCUGAAGUUGCGUCAAUUUAUCCGACUGCCGGAGGUCCAUACCACUGGGUAGCGGCACUCGCUCCACCAGAAACCAGGUCGCCUGCUGCCUGGUUCACAGGCUGGAUCUCUAUUGGAGGACAAACUCUGCUUACCGCAUCUUCCGCUUUGGCUGCCGGUCUCCAGCUCCAGUCUUUGAUUACUCUCAACCAUCCGAACUCGUACAGUCCGCAGCGAUGGCAGGGUAUGCUAUGCUACUGGGCUAUUCUGAUGUACAGCUCUGCAACCAACAUAUGGGGCUCAAAAGUUUCUGCCACCGUGAACAAUAUCGCUGAUCAUCUGUAUCUACUGUUCUGGACCGAGAUCAUCAUGCCAGUAGAGUCUAUCGUCGUCAUCGAGCUCCACCAGAUGCGCUCGACAGGCCGUUUUCUGUGCUGGGAUUCCAAGCCGGAGUCCAUAGUUCACGUUCGCUUCGGUUCUCAGGCCACCCUUCUCAGUGAUGUUGAUGCUGCUACUGAGCUCGCUAAGCUGGUGCGAAAUAAGUGA